GUCGUAGGUAGUCAGUCUUUCAGUUGGGUUCUGCUGUUUCUUCUGCUUAAGUCGCUGCGCAUCGCAGCGUCAUCGACAACAUCGUACAAAACUACCGAGUAUACCGACAACGACGAACUCGUAUAUUUCUACAGCUUACCUCUUACCUUGGCACCGCACACAUAAGCUGUGUUGCCUGAAUGUUUUUUGCCUUACCUAGUCUACCUCUAAGCGUUGCGUCCCAGCAACCACAGUGAACGCGACCAACAAACCAUCCCAACCAACCAACCAUCUAUGCAGUCAGUCAGUCAGUCAUUCAUACAAACUUCCCUCCACGGUAUAAGUAUAUACCAUAUACAACUACACGUGCUUGUAUGUGUGUGUGUUCGUGUGCAUAUUGUAUAGUGUUGUUUUUGUGCUUAUACAUCGAACAACGCUUGGCACUGACGACUCACGACUAACGACUACGGAUGCCGGGCCACACUACUGCUUGGAGGAUUUUCGUCUAUAUACGCAUAUGGGAAAAACGAGUAUUAUUUUGGGGCGCACGAGACCUCGACCACCAAGUCGGUUGUACGUACGUUUCAUUUAGUGCUGAGCAGUCGCUUUGAACGUUUGUAAUUUUGUCAGCGCGCUCUUCUCCUCAGUGUCAGUGGUGUAUCAUUAUACUUUUUUCACUACUACUAUACUAUACUUGUGUGAUUAUUAUUAUUGUUGUAGUAUCUAAUAGUUGUGUUGUACUUGGUACUAGGCGUUCAAAGAACACAGAACAGUGCCGCUCUCUCGCAUUUGUUGCUGUUUAACUUGAAUAAUAGUGAGUGGAGUGUUUUGUUUUUAUUCCUCGCAUAGACGCUUUGAUUUUGAACGCUUAAAGAAAUACUACGAAACAGUGUAGCACGCUUUACUCGAUAUAAUUAAGUUGAUUCAGAAAGUAAUCAUUGAUUAGCAUUGACAAACAUAUAAUAUUUACGAGCCCUCAUAACAGUAGCGCUAAGAAAGUGAUUCUUAAAAUAAAAAAAAUAAAAAAAUUGAAGAACAAAUAGUCAUAUCGCAAACGGAGGUCAGCGCGUCAAGACCACUCGUAUAUAUAAUCGGUAUAGCUGUGCUGGGUGUGUUGGGGCCUAUCAACGUUGUCUAUAGAAGAUUGUGUCCCAUAAAACCUGAAAUUUAUUCAAUACACAUACAAAAGCCGGCGUGUUGUGUACGUGUGUAACGGUCACGCAAAAAAGAGAGCGCGCGCUGAGUGGAUACGACGACGAGGCUGUCGAAACGAGUUAGACAAGAGACGGGGUCUUGAGAAUUGUGCUGAUGUGUGUGAGCGUGUGCGCGCGCAAGUUAUUUCAGGUAAUCUUCAUUGCCACAGUUAAUCGGUGAGAUACAAAAAUAAGAAAAAAAGAGCAAUUCACUCAGCUUGACUCACUCGGUCUUAAGCAGCUGUCUGAGUCAACACAAUGGCGAACGAAAAAGAUAUUAGUUGAAAUGAUGUUACAAACAAAAGUACCAAAUCGAAAUGAAACAUCUUAGCGCUAUCGGUAAAAAUAACUUUAAGUAGUACAAUACUUCCGUUUACCUGUGACGAAUUUCAGAUUUCUCAAAAAACCUUUAUAAGCUGAAGCAACAGUACUAAUUAGGAAUACCAGCCGAGCCAGUGGAUUUUAAAAUUUCAGCUGUUCUAUAACGGACUUCAACAAUUAAAGCAAAAACGUAUACAUUCGAAAGAGGAAAAUUAGCAAAGCAGAAAGGAGUAUAAUUCUUAAAACAAAAAUAAAAACUUAAUAAAAUAACAAAAUGCCUACAAUAAGGCGUUGCUGCAUCGUGGGUUGCCUUUCUAAUUCACGACAGAGCCCACAAUUGCAGUUCUUCCAAUUUCCACGCCCGGAAAACCCGUUUUUCGGCCUCUGGAAGCAAGCAUGCCAUGCCUCGCUCAAUCGCAUUCUACCCUUCAAAAAGCCAGUUGUUUGUGCGUUACACUUUCAUCCAAAUCUUAUAGGCGGCCGACGACUAACAUCUUCAGCUGUGCCAUCGCUACGCCUAGAUGUACCCAAUGAUCUGAAAGCCGUUGAGCAACAAGCCAUGGUUGAGGAAAUAGAGAGAAGCCGCAAAUGUGCAUACAUCAAUGCAGUUGUUUAUGAAUGGUUAGUACGUGCCAAUUUGAAUCCACAACUUCGUGGCUCCAUAACACACGGUAUGAUUAAGGAAAAGGCCGCUACAGCGGGACAACUCGUUGGUUCAACAUCAUUUGUCGCUGACAAUCGUUGGCUAAAUAGAUUCCGUGAGACACAUUUAAGUGGCUUUGCACAAAAAUUGGCUAGCAACCAAUUGAAACCGCUCGGCGUAUCAUUGUGGAUUCCCGAUAUUGUACAAGAUCUCCAGCAUCUUUUUCCACCAACUAGUGCCGAACGUGUAGCGAAAUUAGAAAGUCUGCCUGAACAGUAUAUGGACUAUAUGCAACAGUAUGGUGAAUAUGAAGAGGACGAUGAUCAGGAUUCACAGGGUGCAUCGCUAAAAGACCAACAACAGAGUCAUGCUGGAUAUGAUGCAUAUGGUCAACCGAUACCAAAUUAUAAUGGCGGUUAUGAAGGCUAUGAGGGAUACUACGAUCGUCAAAACCAACAUAGUAAUUAUAGUUCCCCACAGCCACAACGCCCUGCCUCGAAUUCGCCACCACUGCAACAGCUACAAAAAUUAGCUUCUCCAGCAUAUCGUGCCAGUCCAAUUCUACAACCGCCUGCAAAACGAGCCCGUUCCAAUGACGGUGAUGUCAACGAAAUAACGGCAACAAAUGGUAACAACGUAACAGAUUUAACGAGCGAUUGCGAAGCGAACGAUUGCGAUGUUAAGCCAAUUAAACUCAAUGGUACAGCAACACCAACACCAAAUGGUACUAAUGGCCACACACCAGCUGCUUCUCCGAAAUCCGCAAUUAAUGGUUCUACAAAUGGUAAUAGUGGCAGUACAAAUGGAAAUACAAAUGGUAUUACCAAACUUGGGGAUAUCGAGCUCUCAUCCUACACACAGGCACUCGAAUACCUUAAACCGCUGGAGGAGUUUGCACUUUCACGGGAGAAUUUCCGCGCAAUCGGUUUAAUAUCACAAUUGGAGGUGAUAUUACGAAAAGGUGAAAAUAAACAUUUGGCGACAGUUCUCAAAUAAGCAUUAUUCAACUGCAGAAGACGUGCUUGAUUAAAGGAAUUAAAAGCUAAUUCCUAAUAUGUUCAUGUGAUUUAGUUUUUGUAAAUAAUUCUUAAAACUAUUUAGUAUUAUUAGAUAAUAUAUGCUUAAUUAACGGUUAAUUGAAUCAUUAUUUGCUUUUAUAAGAGAAUUAAUAUCUAAAAUAUAGAAAUAAAUGUAUAUAAAAAUGUAACAAUACUUUAUUCAGUCCUGAACUCAAAAUACUGCAUUGCAAACAAUGCCGACGUUAAGGUAUUUUAUUUAUUACACAAAUAAAAAAUAUUCAAUAUAAGA